AUGAGUAUUGCGCCGAAAAAUAAAGGAGGUCAACCUUCGAGAAUGAAGACCAACAAGAAAGACGAGGAAGCUAGUGGAAACGUGUAUGCUCAUCUUGACAAGACUUCAGUCCUACAGGAAUGCCGUGCGUUCAACGAAACACCAAUCAACAACAAGAAAUGCACAUUCAUAUUAACUAAACUAAUCUACAUCAUCCAGCAAGGAGAACCAAUAGGAAGAACUGAGGCUACAGAAGCCUUCUUUGGAGUAACGAAACUUUGGCAAAGCAAGGAUGUGAACCUCCGUCGCAUGAUUUACUUGGGUGUCAAAGAAAUGGCCGAAGUGUCGGAUGAUGUUAUCAUUGUGACUUCUAGUCUCACGAAGGAUAUGACUGGCAGAGAAGAUCUUUACAGAGCCGCUGCUAUACGUGCUCUCUGCAAGAUUACCGACACCGGAAUGUUACAAACGAUUGAACGUUACAUGAAGCAAGCAAUUGUUGAUCGCAACAGUGCUAUCUCUUCAUCCGCUGUCGUGUCCUCUAUUCAUCUGAUGAGGAAAUCAGCUGAAGUUGUUCGUCGAUGGGCUAAUGAAGUUCAAGAGGCUGUAUCUUCUGAUAAUCACAUGGUCCAGUACCACGCUCUUGCUCUUCUUUAUCAAAUUCGUGCCAAUGAUCGUCUUGCUGUUAACAAACUUGUACAGAAGUUCAGUAAGAACGCUCUCCGCAGCCCAUACGCUGUUUGCUACUUGAUUCGUAUCGCCACCAGAUGCCUUGUCGAUGAUGAUCAACCAGAUUCUUCUGUAUUCACCUUCAUCGAAUCCUGUCUCCGUCACAAAAGUGAAAUGGUUGUUUAUGAAGCUGCUAGAGCUAUUGUAUCUCUUCCACAAACUACACCAUCUGAAAUCCAACCAGCUAUCACUGCUCUCCAAAUGUGUUGCACUUCACCAAAAGCUGCUGUACGAUUCGCGGCUGUUCGUACACUCAACAAGGUCGCCAUGGCUCAUCCAAACGCCGUUAUGAGCUGCAAUGUCGAUCUCGAGAAAUUCAUUACCGAUCCGAACAGAUCGAUUGCAACUCUUGCAAUCACAACAUUGUUGAAGACUGGAGCAGAAUCAAGCGUUGAGAGACUUAUGCAACAAAUUUCUGGAUUUGUUAAUGAAAUUUCCGACGAGUUCAAGAUUGUCGUUGUCGAUGCUAUCCGAUCGCUGUGCUCUCGUUAUCCUCGCAAGCACACAGUUAUGAUGCCUUUCCUCGCAAAAAUGCUUCGUAAUGAUGGAAGCUACGACUAUAAGAAGGCUAUUGUAGAGACCAUCAUUGCCAUAAUUGAAGAGAAUCCAGAUGCGAAAGUUGCUGGUUUGGCUCACUUGUGUGAGUUCAUCGAAGACUGUGAGCACGACAAUCUUUCUACUCGUGUUCUUCACCUUCUCGGAAGAGAAGCUCCAAAAACUCCAAAUCCUUCUAGUUACAUCCGGUUCAUUUACAACCGUGUCAUUUUGGAAAGUACUAAAGUACGAGCAGCUGCCGUCACUGCUCUUGCCAAGUUCGGCGCUCAAUGUGUCGACUUACGCCCAUCAAUUCAAGUUCUCCUGAAACGUUGUCUUCUGGAUUCUGAUGAUGAAGUUCGUGAUCGUGCUACUUUCUACCUCAAGAUGCUCACUGAAGCCGCUGAGUCGCUCAUACACAACUUCAUUCUAGACGGUUUGCAAGUUUCACCAGCUGGUCUGGAACGUUCAAUCUUGGAUUAUCUUCGAUCGCAGUCUUACUCAUCUGCAUUUGAUCUCCGCACCGUCCCUGUAGUACAGCAAGCUCUAUCUCAACCUGAAAAACGCGUUCCACAACUCAUUGAAGAAGAAGAAAAACCAAAAGCUCCGAAGGUUGAACCUUAUGCUGCUCAACUCGCCGCUAUUCCGCAGUUCGCUGCUCUGGGCCCUGUAUUCAAAUCUACAGCUCGUAUCGCCCUCACUGAAUCCAUUGCUGAGUACACCGUUCAUAUGAUCAAGCACACUUUUGCCAAUGCAGUAGUCUUACAGUUCGAGUGUAAGAAUACAAUGAACGAUCAACUUCUUCUUGAUGUUUCGGUUGAAUUGGAGGAUCCAGAUGGUGAAUGGGAAUCAAAAGAAACUGUUCAAAUCAACAAACUACCAUAUGGAGAAAUCCAUUCAGCCUAUUCCCUUCUUGAGUUCCCAGAUUCAGGAGCGAUUUCUGGUUCUUUGGGAGCUAUCCUGAAGUUCAAAGUAAUGGAUGUUGAUCCUACUUCUGGUGAACCGGAUUCUGAAGACACCUACGAUCAAACCUAUGUGUUAGAAGAAGUGGAGGUUAAUGUCUCGGAUUCCGUGCAAGGGGUUGCAAAAACAUCGUUUGCUUCCGCUUGGGAGGCAUUAGGAGAUGAUGGAACAAGAGAAGAAACAUUCCAAUUGUCUACAGUUGAGAACAUCCCGGAUGCUGUCAAGAAAAUAACUGAAAUACUUGGUCUCGUACCGUGCGAACGAUCGGACCGUGUCCCCGAAGGAAAAACACAACACACGGUUUUCCUUUCCGGUGUUUUCCGUGGAGGAUAUGAAGUUCUGUCGAAAGCAACGGUGGCAGUCGAUCCGAGUGAUAAUUCGAUUGCAAUGAACAUAAUCAUCAAAUCUAACGAGCCGCUCGUGGCGGAUUUGGUUAUCUCCGCAGUCGUCUGA